GCUGCUGCAAAGCCGUGCAUACAUGAAGCACUGAGUCCCUGAUCGCACACGGGCUCUGUAGCUCCUGCCCUCCUUAUUGUCUGCCUGCAGCUCAUUUCCAAAAAAAAAAAAAGAGAGACAAGGGGCGACAGAAUAAAUCAUAAAAAGCCAAAAGGAUCGCAUAAUAGAAGGAGGCAGCCGGCUGCUGGUGCAUUGAGGAUCUCCGUGCCAUAGAAAAGUGUGUGUUGUGUUGCAGUCGUGCAUGCUCAAAUCGGCAGAGUAUAUCAGAGUGCGGGGCGCUCCCAGCCGUCAGUCGCUGCCUGAGAAGCAGUUGCAGGCAGGAGGCAAUGCGUUUCCCAAGGAGAGCCCUCUUCUUCUCCGCUCUCUCCUUCAGGCUCAUCAUUGCUUUACUCUGCCUACGGCUAAAGGUGUCUAUAGCAUCAGGCCAGUUCGAGUUGGAAAUCUUAUCUAUGCAGAAUCCCAAUGGAGAGUUGCAGAGUGGGAAUUGCUGCGACGGCCAGCGCAACCCGACUGAUAGAAAAUGCUCCAGGGACGAAUGCGACACUUACUUUAAAGUUUGCCUAAAGGAGUACCAGUCCAGGGUAUCGGCAGGGGGGGCCUGCAGCUUCGGCACCGGAUAUACCCCCGUCAUUGGGGGCAAUUCCUUCAACCUAAAAUACAGCCGGAAUAAUGAGAGGAACAGGAUUGUGCUGCCUUUCAGUUUUGCUUGGCCGAGAUCUUACACGUUGGUUGUGGAAGCAUGGGAUUACAAUAAUGACACUAAUGACCCCGGUGAUCUCAUAGACAAAGCCCUCCAUUCUGGUAUGAUUAACCCAAGUCGGCAGUGGCAAACGCUGAAACAGAACGCCGGCAUGACUCAUUUCGAGUACCAGAUUCGGGUGAUUUGCGACGAGCAUUAUUAUGGUUUCGGCUGCAACAAAUUUUGUCGCCCGCGGGAUGACUUUUUCGGACACUACACGUGCGAUCAGAAUGGAAAUAAGACCUGUUUGGAAGGCUGGAUGGGGCCUGAAUGUAACAAAGCAAUAUGUCGUCAAGGCUGCAGCUCAAAACAUGGUACUUGCAAGACGCCAGGAGAGUGCAGAUGUCAAUACGGAUGGCAAGGCCAGUACUGCGACAAAUGCAUUCCUCACCCAGGAUGUGUCCAUGGGACUUGCAAUGAACCAUGGCAGUGCCUGUGUGAAACCAACUGGGGUGGUCAGCUGUGCGACAAAGAUCUUAACUACUGCGGUACUUACCAACCAUGUCUCAACGGAGGCACCUGUAGCAACACCGGCCCUGACAAAUACCAAUGUUCCUGCCCUGAAGGCUACUCUGGACUAAACUGCGAAAUUGCUGAACAUGCCUGCCUUUCUGAUCCCUGCCACAAUGGGGGAAGUUGCUUAGAAACAUCUGUGGGCUUUGAAUGUCAAUGUGCUCGAGGCUGGACGGGCCCCACAUGCAGCAUCAAUAUUGACGAAUGUUCUCCCAAUCCGUGUGGCUACGGCGGUACCUGUCAGGACUUGGUCGAUGGCUUUAAAUGCAUUUGUCCUUCUCAGUGGACGGGCAAAACGUGCCAAAUUGAUGCCAAUGAGUGUGAAGCCAAACCUUGCGUAAAUGCCAACUCCUGCAGAAACCUGAUUGGUAGCUACUAUUGCAAUUGCCUUCCUGGAUGGACGGGUCAGAAUUGUGACAUAAAUAUUAAUGAUUGCCUUGGCCAGUGUCAAAACGGCGGAACCUGCAGGGACUUGGUUAAUGGGUUUCGCUGUAUCUGUCCACCCGGCUAUGCAGGGGAACGCUGUGAGAAAGAUGUCAAUGAAUGUGUGAGCAAUCCCUGCCUGAAUGGGGGCCACUGUCAGGAUGAAAUCAAUGGAUUCCAAUGCCUGUGUCCCGCUGGUUUCUCGGGAAACCUCUGUCAGUUGGACAUAGAUUACUGUGAGCCGGACCCUUGCCAGAAUGGAGCCCAGUGCUUUAAUUUGGCUACCGAUUACUUCUGCAACUGCUCAGAAGACUACGAGGGCAAGAAUUGUUCCCACUUAAAGGAUCAUUGCCGCACUACCCCAUGUGAAGUGAUUGACAGCUGUACAGUGGCCGUCGCUUCCAACAGCACCCCAGAAGGCGUACGGUACAUUUCCUCGAAUGUCUGUGGCCCCCAUGGAAAAUGUAGGAGUCAAUCCGGAGGAAAAUUCACCUGCGAGUGCAACAAGGGCUUCACUGGCACUUACUGUCAUGAAAAUAUUAACGACUGUGAAAGCAACCCAUGUAAAAAUGGAGGUACCUGCAUUGAUGGCGUGAACUCAUACAAAUGUAUUUGUAGCGACGGAUGGGAAGGAAUUUACUGCGAAACAAACAUUAAUGACUGCAGUAAAAACCCUUGCUACAAUGGAGGGACUUGUCGGGACUUGGUUAAUGAUUUCUACUGCGAAUGCAAGAAUGGCUGGAAAGGAAAAACCUGCCACUCCCGAGACAGUCAGUGCGAUGAAGCCACGUGCAACAACGGUGGGACCUGCUAUGAUGAGGGAGAUACCUUUAAAUGUAUUUGCCCUGCUGGAUGGGAAGGAGCGACAUGUAAUAUUGCAAGGAACAGCAGCUGUUUGCCAAAUCCCUGCUUUAACGGUGGAACUUGCGUCGUCCGUGGGGACUCUUUCACUUGUGUUUGCAAAGAAGGCUGGGAAGGACCAACAUGCUCCCAGAAUACUAAUGAUUGCAGCCCUCACCCAUGCUAUAACAGUGGGACAUGCGUUGAUGGAGACAACUGGUACCGAUGUGAAUGUGCUCCUGGAUUUGCUGGUCCCGACUGUCGGAUAAAUAUCAAUGAGUGCCAAUCUUCACCCUGUGCUUUUGGAGCUACUUGCAUAGAUGAAAUCAAUGGCUACCGUUGUACCUGCCCGCCUGGCCGUAGUGGUCCAAGGUGCCAAGAAGUUACAGGAAGGCCUUGUAUAACUAAUGGCCAUAUGAUGCCAGACGGGGCCAAAUGGGAUGAUGACUGCAACUCCUGCCAGUGUCUGAACGGCAAAGUGACAUGCUCAAAGGUGUGGUGUGGCCCUCAGCGUUGUGAUAUACACGGCAGCAGCGAAUGCCCUGCUGGGCAGACUUGUGUUCCAAUAAGAGACAACCAUUGCUUUGUUCCCCCUUGCACUGGGGUGGGUGAAUGCUGGCCGACCAAUCAGCCGCCUGUCAAGACUAAGUGUAACGCUAAUGCCAGCUAUCAGGAUGCCAGCUGUGCCAACAUCACCUUUACAUUUAAUAAGGAGAUGAUGUCACCGGGACUCACUACCGAGAGCAUUUGCAAUGAACUGAGGAAUCUCAACAUUUUGAAGAAUGUUUCCGCUGAAUAUUCCAUCUACAUUACCUGUGAACUUUCUCCAUCAGCAAACAACGAGAUCCAUGUGGCUAUAUCUGUGGAGGAAAAUGGAGACGGCAGGAAUCCAGUUAAAGACAUCACCGAACGAAUCAUUGAUCUUGUUAGCAAGCGAGAUGCCAACAACACUUUCAUUGCUUCAGUGGCAGAAGUUCGAGUCCAGAGGCGACAAGCCAAAAACGGCACAGAUUUCCUGGUUCCAUUAUUGAGCUCCAUUCUAACCGUGGCCUGGGUCUGCUGCCUGGUGACCGCUUUCUACUGGUGCAUUCGGAAGCGCAGAAAGCAAAGCAGCCAUUCUCACACGGCGUCGGAAGACAAUACCACCAACAACGUGCGGGAGCAGCUCAACCAGAUCAAGAACCCCAUCGAGAAACACGGGGCCAACACUGUGCCGAUCAAAGACUACGAAAACAAAAACUCCAAAAUUGCAAAAAUAAGGACACACAAUUCAGAGGUGGAGGAGGACGACAUGGACAAGCACCAGCAAAAGCCCCGAUACGUCAAGCAGCCGGCGUACACGCUGGUCGACAGAGACGAAAAGCCGCCCAACAGCACUCCUAGCAAACAGCCAAACUGGACAAAUAAACAAGACAACAGAGACUUAGAAACAGCACAGAGCCUAAAUCGGAUGGAAUACAUCGUAUAGCAGAAUGUAGCGCUGCCAUGCAGAGCUUGUGACUGCUCCCGAGGGCUUAGCUUCACUAGUUCUUAAACUGUUGUGUAAUAUUUGAGUCUAAGGCUAUUAUUUACUUAGAAUCCCUAUGUUAAUUUAAGUUUUGACAAGCUGGCUUACACUGGCAAUGAUAGUUGCUGUGGUUGGCUGGAAUACCAAGUGCUGCAUUUCACAUCUAUGCAAAACUAGUCCAAAAGUGCCCUGAUGUCAAUUCAGCUGCAGCCGGAACGCCGCGAAAACGCUAAAAGCCUUCGGCGUUCGGCUCCUAUCUCUCCGUUCAGUUCUUCUCCUUCCCCAUAGCAACGCCAUCUUAGAAUCAUCACUUUUUUUAAUUUAUAUUUAUUUUAGAUGUAGCUUUUUGUUUUUUAAACAUUCGUACAUUCGGUUUUUAUGGUGACGUAGAACUAGUUCUGUAUUUGAAAGUGCCUUUGCAGCUCAGAACCACAGCAACUAUCACAAAUUUAAGUUUAUUAUUUAUUUUUUUAUUGUUAUUGUGUCAGGGGGGGAGGGGCGGGUGGGACUGUCAGCUGAUGCUGGUCAAAUGAAGAAAUUUCAAUCUUUUUUUUUUUUUCCCUUUUUUUUGUAUAGACCUGUAAAUAUUUUUUUUUAUUAAUCACUGUGUAUAUUUGAUUUAUUAACUUAAUAAUCAAGAGCCUUAAAUAUCAUUCCUUUUUAUUUAUAUGUACAUGUUUAGAAUUGACUGGUUUUUUGAUAGCUUUGUAAGCUUCCGGCUUUUUUUUUUUUCCCCCAGAACUUAUUUCUUGUUCCGUGUUACGUAUAUGCCAAAAUUUAAGGUGUUUUUUUUUUAAAAAAAUAGUUUAUUUUUUAACAAUAGGACGGGCUGACACGCCUCGAUGCUGUUUUUGUACAAUGUUAAAGAACACCUUUAUAUAGUAUCACUUAAACUAUUUUUUUGUAAGUUCCGACUCAAACUGUUUUUUUUUUCGAGAGUUCGACUUUAGAACAAUAUUUGCUGCUUUCGGCUUUGAUAUAAAAACAAAAAACAAAAAAAAAGGACAAAACAGAGCGACUGGCAGAUAUUCUGCUGCAACGCGGUGCGAGGGAACGGACGCGGCGGUGCAUGUAAGGAGACAACGACAAUGGAAAUCAAAUUGGCGGAAGUGGAGGCGCAGUAAUCUCGUUUUUUUUUUGUUUGUAAAUUCUUUUUCCACAAUGAAAAUGUAACUACAGAACCACUUGUAGAUAUGAUUUUGUUCUUUUUUUUUUAUAAUCUACUGAAACUAGGGGAGUAUUCUGUUAAGCUAGAGGUUGAAUACUUGAACAGUAGAAUGUCGAGUGAUCACUGUUGCUUUCCUAUACGUUACACUGCCUGCCUUAACUUCAAUAGAAAGAAAAUCUAUGACCAAAAACAAUAAAAGUUUGUGAUAUUAAAAAAAAAAAAAGCCAAGUUUAUUUUGCCUAUAAUCAUUAUGUUUGUCCCAGUGGAGUCUUUAUUUUUGGGGGAGGGACUUUGAGUACAAGUGGAGCCCAUUAUUCCCACCAUAAGCUUAUUUAACCUCCUAUAGCAUCUGUCUAAUUGUUAUAAGAGUGGUUCCUGGGAUGCCCGACACUACUAUAGACCCAUAACAUGAUAUUGCUGACGGUCACAGUGAAAAGAAAAGAUAUGAUUCAGAUUGGCAGCUGUAAAUCUGGAAUGAAAGUGUGUGCACUUAUGGAUAAUGGUGGCUGUAGUAAAUCAAUAGUAGGGCAGGCAUUUAGGCAUUGCCUAAUAUUGGCAUACGUUAUGAACAACAAAGUUUUCCUAUGGCAUUAGGAAUCAUGCUUUAAUAUAAAUAUAAAUCAUUUUUUCCCCAGAAAUCUCCAUAUAACGAUUGACUGAAUUACAAACCAUUAAAGAAAGAUAAGAACAAAAACCACUAGUUGUAAACUGAAUAGAUAUUCCUUUUGGCACCGUCUGUAUUAGGAUUUGUGACUCCCCAGGGCUGAUAUAAUGGCUAUAGGCUUAAAGCAAUUGGUCAGUGAGUGCUCAUAGAUUCUCUUCUGUAACAUCUGCAGUAGUGACGGAGCGUACAAGGUGUUGCAGCGCAAUGCCGUGACUACCCCUCUGCUACAGUAGGUGUUCUUAGCGCUACCGCUAUAUUGAUGUAUGCAACAAAAACUGAAUCUAGUUAUCACAACAGUUAGCAAUGGAGGUCCUGAAUAAACCAUGUUUUUUUUGUGACAUUAGUGUUAUGAACCUUAAAUGCAUCUUUGAUGUGUUGGCAAUAAAUUCUGAAAAGUAAAUAUUUAUUAAAUUUUUUUUUUGUAUGAAAA